AUGAGUAUUCUAUGGGAGUACUGGAACCUGAAGAAGCAAUCGACACCAGCGCCAGACGCCACCCCAUUUAGAAUGCGAGUACCGUAUCCAAUGGCACCCCUGGGCAUUUUUUGGUCCGCAGAAGGAGCAGAAGCAAGCCAAGAGGCCAAGGAGAGAGUGAGGGUGAUGAAAGCGUUUUGUGAUGCUGAGUUAUGGCCGACAUUUGGACCAGAUGGUCCAAGCGCGAAUGGCACCGGUUAUGGGAAUUCUGAAAGCUAUAAUCCGGCGAAGGCGGAUAGUGCAAACCUACUUUUUGGAGAUAACUAUCCACGACUAAAGAAGAUUAAGGCUAGAUAUGAUCCAAGCCUGAUGUUCAAAUCAUGGUUCCCAAUUCAGCCUGCUGUAUUUCGUACAGGCAAUAAAUGUCUGGCAUUUACCGGCAUGCCACCAUGCUCUAGACCAGCUGUCUUUAAGCUGCACAUGUUAAGCAGUUACGCGAAGAGGUUUAAAGAUACUCUGGAGAGCUGUGAUAUGACCUUCACAAUACCUUUUCGACUCAGCUUACUUUAUACACAGCAAUUUGGGAAGAAGAAAAAAAACAGCAUCUCAGGCAUGAACAAGACGUCGAACAUCGAUUUGAAGACCCUCCUCCUCGACGCCGGUUUCACCGGUGACCUCAUUGUUCCCUCUGAUCUAGAUUACCCAGCCGCCAUCCUACGUUUCGCAAAAAACGCCCAGAAACGCGCUGCAAUCGUCGCGUAUGUCAAGACAGUUGAGGACGUUGCACGCGUCAUAAAGUUUGCAUCUGCCAACUCGAUUCCUCUUGUUGUCAAAGGGGGUGGACACAGCACGGCCGGUGCUUCAUCUAUUGAAAAUGGUAUCGUGGUCGACUUAUCGAAAUAUAUGGACGCGGUCAGAAUAGAUAAAGAGAAGAAACUUGUCUCUGUCGGUGGAGGUGCCCUCUGGAAGGAUGUGGAUGCGCAAGCCAUCAAGCAUGGGCUGGCUGCCGUCAGUGGAACCAUGAACCUUGUAGGGGUCGGAGGUCUCACACUUGGUGGUGGAAUGGGGUGGCUCAUGGGUGAACAUGGGAUGGUGAUCGAUAACCUCGUUCAAGCUACCAUAGUGACUGCUGAUGGAACCAUUCGUACUAUCAACGCAAGAGUAGAGCCAGAUCUUUUCUGGGCUAUCCGAGGCGGUGGAACCAACUUUGGCUGUGUGACAGAAUUUGUCUAUCGCCUUUACCCACAACGAGCCACUGUUUAUGCGGGACCACUCAUCUUUCUGCCAUCUGCUAUCGAAGAGGUCACCUCUGCCAUGGAAGAAUGGUAUAAAGGAGCGAGUGAAAAGGAGGGUGCCUUUCUAUUAACGACAUCUCAAGGAUUCUUCAGCGGACCUUCCGUCGUUGUCUGGAUCUUCUUUAAUGGUGAUGAAGAAGAGGGCAAAAUGAGGUUCAAAAAGAUCAUAGAUCUCAUCAUGAAUCUCGCCUCGACAUUGCCAUUCGAACAGCUCAAUGCCAUGCUGAAUCAAUUUUUCCCUUAUGGUACCAACCGUCGUAUUUCUAGCGUCAUGCGUGCCAGUCUUCCACCCUCAUCAGCCUCCACCAUCUUUAACAGACAGAUUGAAUUGGCCAACAUUCCUUCUGCUUUUCGAGCAAUAAACCCCUAUACCUUGGCAAAGGAGCCGAACACAGUUGACUUGGCAAUCUGGUGGGAAUACUUGCCCUUGAAGAAACAAUCGUCUCUCCCACCGGAUGCAACGGCAUUCAGAAUGCGAGUGCCUUAUCCACAUGCAGCAAUCGGUGUGACGUGGUCUGCAAAUGGUGUAGGUGCGGACGCCGAGGCCAAAGAAACAUUGGAGGCUUUGAAAUCUUUCUGUGAGGAUCAAUUGCGUCCAACGUUUGGACCGUCCGGACCACAUGUAGACGGUACCGGAUUCAUGGUGUAA